CUCACACCAGUACACCUUCACACUGUGCUGCUUCUUCACACACACACACACACACGCACAUACUCACUCACACGUGUGCGCUAAGCCUAAGAGGUGCCUCUCACGGGAGACACACACUUUUCCCCUGUCUCCCUCUCACGGACACACACACUGUGCAGCUGGACUCAACAGAACCCGACCGGACUACUGUCACCCACCAGUGGAGACUCUCGCAUGAGGGGCGGUAUUACAGCAUCUACCGGUGUGGGUGAAUGCAAGGGUGAUGCCAGGAGAGCUUGAAAGACAGCGAGAAAACAAGCAGCACUCCGUCCAGCGGUGUCCGUCCGCAUCCCCUCAUCCUCGUCCCAGCUUGCGGAGCUGAUACCUCAGGUCGGAUUGUCUCUACUUCUUCUUCUACUUCUCUUGCUCUGUCAGUGUUUUCGGAUGUAGAAAUUUUUCAGGUGAGGGACGAAAGAAAAGGAGCUGCAGUGUGUCCCGACAGUGUCACUCCUGUUAUUUUUGGAGAGUUGAUAUCCGGACGUUUUUCGCCCCCCCUCUGAAGAAGGUCAGGUUUCGGAUCAGCAAGACUGAGCAAGUUGACAGGACUAUAUGUGAUUUUUGUUUGGGUCUGGUUUCACGAUGCGGCGAAUGGUUCAGUCGUUGAACCCUUUCGGACAGGGUUGAGUCAAACUUCCAGGAGGAGCUCCAGGAGGGGGAGGAGCAGUGACGUAUCAAGGCUUCACCGGAAUCUGACUAGCAACCAGAAAGCAAACAAACAGAAGGACAUUUAAAGGCAAACGUGCAUCAAUCCGAACCCUGACAAGCUUCACUUGUCUCCAGUUUUGGGUGGGCCUUUGAGGGAUCCACCCUCGUUUCCUCCACCUACUCCUCUUAUUCCCUCCCUCUCCCUCUUUUUCUGCCUUUCCCUCCACCGCCUCGGUCCAUCCUCAGAAGCCCCCUCCUCCGCUCUACACCCCUCCCUCAGCGGUGCUCCGUCGCCCUGGGUGAGCGGGCAGGGGGGUGGCCCACGGUACCCCCCGACACCUGGGCGCCACCGAGCCGCCAGAGGCUGGUGAGGCGGCGGCAGGGUCAGCGCUGGGAAGAUGGCUGCUCUCGCCAGCUCCCUAAUUCGCCAGCGCAGGGAGGUCAAGGACCCCCAGGCAAACCGACAGAUCGCCAGCAAGCGGAAGCCAUGCCCGAAGAGCAACAAGUCACUCUGCCAAAAGCAAAUCCUCAUAUUAAUAUCGAAGGUUCGACUAUGUGGCAGUCGAGGGAGAAAAAUGGAAAAAAGACCAGAGCCCCAGCUGAAGGGCAUCGUCACGCGGCUCUACUGCAGACACGGCUUCUACCUCCAGAUGCUGCCGGAUGGCACCAUGGAAGGCACAAAGGACGAAAGCAGCUCCUUCUUGCAGUUCAACUUGAUUCCUGUGGGGCUCAGGAUAGUGGCCAUCCAGAGCACCAAGACGGGGCUUUACGUUGCCAUGAACAGCGAGGGCUACCUCUACACUUCGGAACACUUCACGCCGGAGUGUAAGUUUAAGGAGUGUGUGUUUGAGAACUACUACGUCACCUACUCGUCCAUCCUGUACAGACAGACCCAGUCGGGGAGGGCCUGGUACAUCGGCAUCAACCGGGACGGACAGGUCAUGAAGGGGAACCGUGUCAAGAAGACAAAGGGAGCCGCGCACUUCCUGCCCAAACUCAUUGAAGUGGCCAUGUACAGGGAGCCCUCUCUACACGACGUUGCUGAGCAGAGUCCGCCCAGGAAAACGCCCAAGACCUCCAGUGACUCGCCCGUGCUCCAGAACGGCAAGAAAGACCCUCAAUCCAAAACCAAAACCUCCUCCUCCUAGCGCCUAGAGACACGGGGGUAGGGGGAGGGGUGGAGGCCACGGGGCACUGGGCACCAGCGGACACCUGAGCGGGGUUUGCGCGAGGACUCUGACUACCACAAUGCACUGGUGUAAAGCUGAGCGGAGCGACAGAUUUCAAAAGAAACGCACUAGUUGCUUCAAAAGGAUUUCACUUUGUCCAUCCCUCGAUGCCGGCCAAUGGGAAGGAAGCCCCUUUUACCUUCACAGCCCCCCCCCCGCCCCAUCCACACCAGCCCGCCACCUUCUCAUUUAACGGCCUCUGUGAUUAUCAGAGCCUCGGAUAUAAAAGCAAUAACUCCGUGAAGAGGUGAACAGUCGCCUAGCAUCGUAUAGCAUGUCAGCGUGUUUAACCAGCUGGAAGGAAACCCCACACGCCUUCUAGCCAUAAUCAGCGGCACCUUUCCAGUCAACCAAAUAUCCGAGCAAAGUCUUCCUGGUUUUACCACAACGGGUGCAACGGUCGAAUACGUCCCUCUGCAGCAGCACAUAUGUUACAAAUGGGUUGAGUUUUUAUUUCCCCCCAGAGGGUUCCACGCUAAUGUUAGCCUGACAUAGAGCUACGCUAAUGCAAGGCUGUCACAGAGACCCUUGCAGACUUUUUGUUCUGCAGCCAUCUGCUCGGUCCACGUCUUCUGUGUGUGUCAGCGACUUUGUGAGACGGCCUGGAUACUUGUCAGCCUGGUGUAUGUAUGUGUGUGUGUAUGUGUGUGUGUUCCCUUCUUCUUCUCCAUUCACCUUUGGCGCGAUUUGAUUAGUUUGUGACAUGGACUCAAUUUUCCACUCGGCGGCACAAGAAAACCCCUCCCCGUCCUCUCUGGCUCUGUUAAUGGAGUCUGGGGCUGAUCAGAAUCUUUCGACCCUUAAACGAGGGGCCAAGAGCUCCCUCGGCACACCGCAUAACUACACACACACACACACACAUACACACAUAUAGAAUCGUUAUUACACUGACAUUUACACACACGUGCUGAGGUGUGUGUACCGUGUGCAUACAUUUCAGCACCCUGAUAUCCACGAGCGACGAAAUGAUCUCACGACUUAACACACUGACAUGCAUUUACACACUCACAAACACACACACACACACACACACACAGGCUGAUUGAGUGUGUGUAUGUGUUUGCAGGUUCUGGGUUAUGAUGAGGAUAUCAUCAGUGAGAUGGGGUACUGAUGGAGGCUGAGUGUGUAGCUUGUGAUUGCAGUGCGAUAGCUUUUUUCACUGUGGCUGGCAAUGCAUUGCACAAACCCACAAAUGUUAUUUAUGGACCUUUCUUUAACUCAAUGUGGUAUUCUUGACUAAAAAAUAAAGACAAAAAUGUGUUUUUAUUCAAUCACUGCAUCCAAAAUGUGCUAAGUACGUGUAUGAUUUUGUGCAGAUGACACUUCCUCCAGACUCCAUGCUACCCCAUUGCUGUCCAGAAGUAUUCUGCAUACUGUAUUCCCAUUUUAAGCCUUUCAUGUAAUUUUUAAAAGGGCACUCCACUGAUUUUAGCAAGAAAGUGCAUUCAGUAGUCAAGAGGAGCACUACACAUAAGUACUACACAAGUCUGAGAAAUUUCCUCAAGUGACAUCACUUGAGUAAUCUCAGUUUGGGAUUGAAGUUAUUAAAGUGUAACAGGAAGUAAAGUUCUGCACGGGCCUAAAACUUACCCAUUCUCACGUUUUUUAAAGCCCCUGAAAAGUAUUUCUCUUUGAAUAUUCAUGACUAAAUAAGAAGCAAUCAAAAAUUUAAAAACAUCUUUAUGUAUUUAGGUCAGAUUCUUAUUCAAGUGUUGCAAAAUCCUGAUUGGUGCAUGGAUUUAUGUGACAAAACUAUCUUCCAAAUGAGUAAGAACAAAAAAGAAAUACAGAAAUUUCUCAUGUGAAAUAAACAAAACUGUUUGAAGUUUUGAAACUGUUUUAGGAUCAUAUCAUUCAUAGCAAGAAGCUGAUUGAAAAAAGAAAGUUUCAGGGCCUUUAAGAUCUGACCCAACUGAACUGGUGCAGCAAAAUAUAAAACCCAGACCUGACCCAAAUCCUGAAGCUAUGUUUCUGCUAUUAUUUGUGAUUAUUUUGUCUGUCACUGACUGUUAGCUUGUCUCUCUUUCUCUCUCCUCACUGCACACUGCGUAUUUACUUGCAACACAUGACAUUCAUAGACACAGAUGGUCGGCACAGUCAAAGAGAGAAAGUGAGAAAUUUCUUAAUAUAAAAUCAUGAAACUCAUAACUGGACCCAAGCUUUAGUCAACAAACUGGGUCAACUGGGUCUGUUAGCAGAACUAAGACGUGGGUUUGUACCAAGAGAAUAAGUUCAAAUAAAAGCCACAGAGGAAUUAUUCUGGGAAGUGUUUUUAAGAACUUAACCCAUACUAAGGAUUAAAAUCAAGAUAUCUUGGCCUCUACUGCUUUGAUUUUUUUACCAUUCCUUUUUCAAAUCUGCCUCUUGAAAGUCCUCCAACUUUAUAAAAGUACAAUACUUAAUCACUGGAGUGCCCUUCUAAGUCCUUAUUUACCUGUGGUUCAGUCAACUUUAUUCCCAGCAUGUGUAACAUUUUACAUGUUUACAUGAAUAUUACUUUCUUUCUAUAAUGCCACAUAAUUUGGUUAAUUUGCUUAUAAAAGUGUUGUUGGAUUACAAUACAGUAAAUCUCUCAUGGAGACUUUGAUUAUGAUGCAAAGGAAUUUAAGCCGUUUCUAUUUGUUUUGUAUUCACAUGUGUUGUCCUCUAAGAGUUCAGAGGUUAUGAACAGUGUUGUUAGAAGCAAAGACAACAAGCCAAAGUCACGUAGAAACGAUGAAGUCAUGAAAGCAGUGAAACAUAUUGAGGAUGAUUUUAGAGCUGAAAGGAUAGUUCUUUCAGCGACGACUCUUCUCAUAAAAAAAAAAAAGACCAGCUGUUUUAAUAUUUACAGUAUUUCACUCUCCUCGUUCAGGAGACAUUUUUCUUGCGUUCCCAUUUUGUUGUUUCCAUUCAACACGAAAAGCAAUCAUUUUUCAUAUCAAACUUUCUUGGUACAGUAUGCCAGGCAGGGUAAUUGUUUCUGCCUAAUGUUUAUGUAUUGCGGGAAGGGAGGGAGUCCUGUGUGUUCAGGAGGUAGAGGCGAAGCUAGAUUGAUGAUCAGGGCUCAGAGAGAGGGAUGCACCAAAGAAAGGAAACAGAGGAGUGGGUUUUUAGGAGGAAACUAAAGAAAAAAAGUAGUGGUGAUGAGCUGAACAAAGAGAGUUUUAAGAGGGAAUGAUAGUAAUGUGGACAGCGUUCCCUGAACCCUCACAUUUACACACACUUCUCCUUCUAUGCAUAAUCCUCUUCUCCCCUGUAAACCAUGGUUGUAAAUAAUAAUAGUCGAUAACCCGCGCAGAAUAGAGGCGAGCUGUAGAGCAAAAUAAUCUGCUACCUGAGCGAUAAAGCAAAGUUUUACCUCUGCUUUCCUGAGGAGAGACCAAGACUCUGAGGACGGAUUGAAGGACAGAGUGGUGAAGUGAUGGCUUAAAGGAAAGGAAAAGAUAUAGUUUAAGAGGCAAAGACUGAGAAAUAAAAGGAAGGAUGAAAAGGAGGAAGAGAGAGGAUUAUUUAUUUUUAUUAUUAUUCCCAGUAUUUUUAGAUUUAUUCCACACAAGCUACUGUUAGAACAUCACUUUAAGGAGAAAAGACCUUAAUUAAAUUGUUAAAUAGACCUUUAGGUUGAUGUGUUUGACCAGUCACCCCCUAUGGAUCGCUAAAUCCAGAACACACUGUUUAACUAUUAUUCGCAAAGUAAUUACACAAAUGUUUAAUUAAACAGGGCUCCUGCUAGAACAGAAUUAAGACUGUAGAUACUGUAGAUAGACAGAUACUGUUAGAUGGGAGGAGAGGAGGAUAACUGUGAAAGAUUUAUGAACUGAGAAAACAAACAUAGCCAUGACUUCUGUGACUAUAUUUUAAGGGCUGGGAAAUCUAUGUUGCAAUAUUUUCUUAUGUAUGUGGCAUGUUUGUUGUUUUCAGAUGUUAAAUGGAAAGAUGGAGAGUUGUUAAGGAGUGUUAAGGGCUAAAAUUGUAGUUCAAGGUAUCGCUUUAACGUGGACUAUGGAAAAGAUGAAACAAAGUAGGUCUGCUUUAAAGGGGCGCUCCACCGAUUUUACACAUGAAGUUCAGUUUACUCUGCAUUUGGAGUGGAACCUGUGAAAAGAGAUGUAUAAUGUCUUCUGUGGCUCUGGGGGGAGAAAAAUGCUAUAAAGCUGCAUUAUGGGAAAUGUAGAAUCCAGUGUUUUGGGGGUGUGACUUAUAUUACAAAUUCAAAGUCAGGAUAUCUCAGCCUGUGCUGCUUUGAUUUUGACCAUUCUUUUUUGUUUCUGUUUCUCUCAAGCCCCCCGACCUUAUUUAAGUCCAAUACUAAAUCGCUGGAGUGCCCCUUUAAUUUAGUGACAGUUCAGAUUAGAGUAAUAGACAAUAAGUAAGCAUAGAAAACCCUCGAAAUUAAUGCAAUAUUAUUUUCUGUUGAUGCAUAUGCCUGUACAGAUGCAAAAAAAAUAAUAGCACAUGAGGUGACAUCUCUAGA